AUGAUAGAGAUACAAAACAAUAUAAAGAAAGUGAUUAUAGAUUUGGUUCUUCGACAAAGUUAUGGUGCGAGUCUUCCACAAAGAAAACGAAGAUGUAGUACAUAUGUUAUUUAUGAAAUUUGGAAGAACUCAUUAAGGACACGUGUCGGUCUUUUACCUCCCUACACCCAACAACCUGUCAAAGAGAAUCAGGAAUCACGGGCAACGGGCAUACCAUCUUUCUCUUAUUGGAGGACCACUUCUACUGAGACCAAUUUCAUGGAGGCCUUGAAGACGAUGAAGCUUUUCGCAGUAAUGCUGGUGAUGAUGAUGGUCGUCUCAGCCUUCUCCGUCACCGUCUCCGCCGCAGACGCCCCUGCUCCUGCUCCUACCGCAGGUGCUUCAACCGUCUUCGUCCCCACCGCCAUCGCAUCUCUAUCUGCGGUCGUUUUCGCUUUCUUAUUUUAA